CGAGGCGGCGCGACGCGACGGCGCCCGUCUAAUGACGCUGCUCUUCACCAGUGUGGACGAGUACCUGGCGCUGCUGGAGGCCGCGGCCGGCGCGCUGGCGCCGCUCGGACGGCGUCUACUCCUGCUGCUCGCUGCUGCCGUCUCCGACUUUCAGGUGCCGGCGGAGGAACGUGUCGAGCACAAGGUCUCCGGCGGGGACCAGCCGCUGACGCUGCACCUGCAGCCCGUGCCGAAGGCGCUCGCCCGGCUCACUGCCGACUGGUGUCCGGCCGCCUUCGUCGCCACCUUCAAGCUGGAGACGGACGAGCGCGUGCUGGUGGCGCAUGCGCGCGCCGCCCUCAUCAUUGGAUAA